CGAUUAGUUCUUCAAUCUCAUUCAUCUCUUCUUGUAGAGAAUUUGAGUUGCAUUCAUAUGUUCAUGGCUUCUUCUCUAUCUCCGUUUCCUUCUUUGAAUCCUUCGCCUCUCGCUCCAAGAUUUCUACAAACCCUAACCCAAUUCCCAAAUUCUCCGUUCCUCUCUCCUUGCUCUGUUUUGAGGUUAAAAAACGCAUCUUUGCUGAAUUUGAGAACUCGAAUUGCUCCUCUUCAACCCCAACGAGUUCGGUCCAAAACCCUUGUUUUGUCUGCUCAGUCCAGUUUCUUGAAAGUUCUUAGAACGGCGUGGAAUAUUGGGAAAGAUGGAAUUGAAGCUGGAACCAAUCUUGUACCUGUUUCUGUGCCUAGACCAGUAGCUAGAAUCUCGGUGACAAUUGCAGCAUUGGCGGUUUCGUUGUUUGUUCUCAAGUCGUUUCUAUCAACCGCUUUCUUUGUAUUGGGGACAAUGGGAUUUGCAUAUUUCUUAUUCAUAGCCUUAAACAAAGAUGAAGCUCCUAAAUUAAGAGGAGAUGAUAAUAGCUCUGGUUCUAAGCCAAUGGAUGAUCCACUUGAAGAAGCAAAGAAAAUCAUGGACAAGUACAAAUUCAAGGACUACGGAAGAUCCUAUGAGGCAGCAUCUAAUGAAGACAUCGCCAUGGAAGGAUUUGACUCAAGUGCUUACAAAUGUGGUCAACACUCUCUAUCAGCUUUUAAGAACGAGCCUUUCAUGGCUGCCAUGAGAUAUCUUCACAUUUUCAUCUUUUUCUUCUUUUUUGGGGAGUUUGGUGCCACGUCAUCAUCUUCCUAUGAUGUGAAGCUUGUGCUAGAAAAGGUCAAGCUUCACUACAGGGUACCAGCGAGAACCUACCGUUGUCUUCUUGGGACUCCUCUGUUCCGGUUUGUCAAUGGAGAGGGUUUUGGUGGAUCAAAGUUUGGUGCUGAAGUCUUCGAAGGGAACAGUCCAAGCCUUUGUGGGUUACCUUUAAAACCAUGUCUAGGUUCCUCUAGGUUGAGGGCAAGUGCUGUUACUGGUCUUGUGAUAGCAUUAAUGACCUGGAUUGUAGUCACGGCCUCUUUAUUAAUCAGGUAUAUGAAGAACAAUAAGCAUAAGAAUAGCUUAGAGAGUGAAGAUGAUUUGGAAGAAGGUAAGGAAGAAGAAGAAGUUAGUGACGGUGAAGGGAAGUUGUUUGUGUUUCAACGUUGUGAGAAUUUGACACUAGAAGAAGGUUUGAAUUCGACAGGGCAAGUAAUGGAGAAAACGAGUUAUGUACUGUCUAUAAGGCAAAGCUUAGUGAUUGUGGAACAACAAUUGCCCUGAGGCUUUUGAGAGAAGGUAGCAAGGAUAGAAGCUUUUGUCUGCCUAUAAUCAAGCAAUUGGGACGUAUUUUAACAUGAGCAUUUGGUUCCAUUUUAGGCCUUUCUAUGAGGGGAAAAGAGGAAAAUAGCUUCUCAUUUACGACUGUCUUCCCAAUAUAAGCCUUCAUGAUUU